CCCCAGAAGAAGAGCAGCAGGAGCACCAGAAGAGUUUGAUAUGUGUGUCUGAGAGAUAUGAAUGUGUUGUGACCGUGAUUAUGGAUGAAGUGACUGGAGCUCAGCUGAUCGCUGAGGCGCUCAAAUCUCAGAAUGUGGAGUAUAUGUUUGGCAUUGUUGGCGUGCCUAUCAUCGAAGUGGCCAUGGCCGCCCAAGCAGCAGGCAUCAAGUAUGUCGGCAUGCGCAAUGAACAAGCAGCCUGCUAUGCUGCUUCUGCUGUUGGGUAUUUGACAGGAUGGCCAGCGGUGUGCCUGGUUGUGUCUGGACCUGGGCUGAUUCAUGCUCUUGGAGGAAUGGCCAACGCUAACAUGAAUUGCUGGCCUGUCAUUGUUAUUGGCGGCUCAUCUGAUAGGAACCAAGAAACCACAGGAGCGUUUCAGGAGUUUCCUCAGGUUGAAGCUUGUCGUCUGUAUAGCAAGUUUUCUGCUCGACCGAGCAGCCUUGAGAUGAUACCUGCUGUAGUCGAAAAAGUUGUAAGGAGCAGCAUUUAUGGCCGUCCAGGAGCGACCUACAUAGACAUAGCUGGAGACAUGGUGAACGCCAAAAUAGACCGGGCCAAUGUCAGGUUUGUUUCCUGCUGUCCUGCUCCUCCUGUGAGUCAGGCUGACAGCAGGGAGAUCACACAGGCUGUCAGGCUGCUCAGAGCGGCUCAGAGGCCUCUGAUCAUCAUCGGCAAAGGUGCGGCGUAUGCCAGAGCAGAGAAGGAGGUCAGGGAGCUGGUGGAGGUGACUGGGAUACCUUUCCUUCCCACACCUAUGGGGAAAGGAGUACUGUCAGAUGACCACCCUAACUGUGUUGCUGCGGCCCGGUCCAGAGCUUUAUUGCAGGCUGAUGUUAUAGUGUUGCUGGGUGCCAGACUCAACUGGAUCCUGCACUUUGGCUUUCCACCCAGGUUCAGUCCCCAUGUGAAGAUCAUUCAGGUGGAUCUGUGUGCUGAAGAGUUGAGUAAUAAUGUGAGAGCCGCAUCUGCUCUACUUGGAGACAUAAGAGCUGUGGUCAGACAGCUGUUGGAAACUGUAAGAUCCUGGAGAUUUCCUUCUGAUUCACAAUGGUGGUUGACUCUGAAAGAGAAAAUGACUGCCAAUGCUCAGAUAUCAAAGAGUCUUGCUCUCCAGUCCACUCUGCCCAUGAACUACUACACUGCUUUCCACCACAUUUCUGAGCUCCUGCCCAAAGACUGCAUCAUAGUUAGCGAGGGAGCGAAUACUAUGGACAUCGGCCGGACCAUGCUGCUCAAUUACCUCCCACGACACAGGUUAGAUGCUGGUACUUUUGGCACUAUGGGAGUGGGUCCAGGAUUUGCCAUUGCAGCAGCAGUUUUGGAGCAGACGCAGAAGAGCGCUCAGAGAGUGGUGUGUGUAGAGGGAGACAGUGCCUUCGGUUUCUCUGGAAUGGAGGUGGAGACCAUGUGCAGGUAUAAACUGCCAAUCAUCAUCAUAGUAAUCAACAACAAUGGCAUCUACAGUGGAGUGGAUCUAAAUACAUGGAAAGAGAUGGAAAAGAUGGGAGACAUGACCACCAUUGCACCUCCAGUUACGCUGCUACCAGAGGCACGGUACGAGCAGGUGAUGAGUGCGUUUGGGGGACGUGGGUAUCUGGUCCGAACAGUGGAAGAACUCCGCAGUGCACUACAGGAGAGUCUGAACAACACACAAAUGCCCAGCCUCCUCAACGUACUUAUAGACCCAGCCUCAGACCGCAAACAACAGGAGUUUCCCUGGCUGACACAUUCCAAUCUGUAGAGCUGAGCGAGAUAUCGGAUGAGAUCGGAUCAUGUCUGCAUUUUCUUUCACUGCAUUUGGUUAAUUUAACUGCAGGUGACACCAUUUCCUAAGAAAAGAAAAGCUGUAUCAUUUAACAUGAUCUCAAUCACUACUGAUUGAAAUGAAUUUCUAUAGAUUCCCGUUCUUUCAUAAGUACCUAAAGGGAAACUUCACUUAAAAAUAAAAGAUCUGGGAUCAUUUACCUCGUCAUUUCAAACCAUUAUGACUUCACUUUUUCUGUGGAACACUAAAGUAAAAUGUUUAGAAUUUUCACACACGUCUUUUCAGACAACAACAGUUCACAAGGUCCCCAGGAAUACUUGGGAACACGUUUUUACAUUUUUCUUUUAUUUCUUUUUUCCCCUCUAAAGUCAUACAGGUUUGGAACAACAUGAGGAUUUUUAGGCAAAACUAUUCCUUUUAUAGAGAAAAUGCCUAACAAUGUGUAAUAACAAAUUCCAAGACAUUUGACACUGACAGUUUAGACUAUGUAUUGCAUAUUUGAUUAUUUUAAUUAGCCAUUUUUUGCCUAUUCCUUCUACCUACCGUAUUUUUCGGACUAUAAGUCGCACCUGAGUAUAAGUCGCAUCAGUCCAAAAAUGCGUCAUGAUGAGGAAAAAAACAUAUAUAAGUCGCACUGGACUAUAAGUCGCAUUUAUUUAGAACCAAGAACCAAGACAAAACAUUACCGUCUAUAGCCACGAGAGGGCGCUCUCUGUUUUCAGUGUAGACUACAGGAGCACUGAGCAGCAUAGAGUGCCCUCUGGUGGCUGGAGACGGUAAUGUUUUAUAUUGGUUAAUUUCUCUCGGUUCAUGUCAAAUUAAUUUUGAUAAAUAAGUCGCACCUGACUAUAAUUCGCAGGACCAGCCAAACUAUGAAAAAAAAGUUUGACUUAUAGUCCAGAAAAUACGGUAUUUGUUUUACCUUAACCUGAUCUCAGGUCAGUGUUGUGUGCGCUGCUUUAGAGGGCUUCUGUUUAAGCUCAUCUUUGUUUCUGGGUAAUUGAGGUCUUCUGGCCUCAUCUUCUGCUCUUUCAUAAAGCAUCAUUACUGUGCUGCUUUAUCACAGAGCAGGAGAGCAUCUUCUCCUUCUCAUCUUCACAUUUCCAGCAUAAAAAAGACUUACUAAAAGAACCAUUUUUUCACAGCCAGAUUUGAAAAGGUGAGAAUGACAGGAUUGUACAAAGGCAGCCAUGCUUUAAAAGCCUUAUAAUUGUUUGAUUAUUGUGCACAAACUAAAAAUGGCCAUACUUGCAAAAUGUAAUUGUAUAAAGAAUUAUAGUGAUAAAAAAAAAAAAAAAAGAAUAACAACUUCACAAUUAAUGUCGUUUGAUGUUCUUUGAAGGAUUUUGUUUCGUGGGGAAGUGAUGGAAAAUUAAAAUGCGAUUCAUAAGA